AUGGAACAAGAAACAAUUCAGGAUGGCGAAGUUGAAGAAAAUAUAAUAAUAACAAAUAUAAAUGAAAACUUAAAUUCGAAUGAACAAUUAAACUCAAAUGAUGAACUUACACAACAUAAUGAGGAGGAAAUGAUAGCAGAAAACUAUAAUAACAUAACUCAUAAAAGAAGACGAGAAGAAGAUGAAAGCCAAGAUGAAUGGACCGAAGUCGUGCGGAGAAAACAGAGAUUGAGAUCGUUGAGAGAAGAAAUGGGUUGGAGGUUUCAGCGACCCUUUGAGGUUGGUUUAUCUUAUGGGGUAAUCAAAGACAUUGAAUUAGAUAUAACUGAAGAAGACUUAAUAAAAUCUAUUUCAUGUACCACCGACGUGAUCAAUGUAAAACGCCUUCAGAGGAAAAAUAAAGACGAUAUAGGUUGGUCAGAUUGCGAAAAGAUUCGAGUAGGUUUCAAAGGUUCCUCAUUGCCUACUUACAUAUACAUUUUUGAUAUGAAAGUAAGAGUAGAACCGUACGUUUUCCCCGUAACACAGUGUUCAAACUGUUGGAGAUAUGGACACACACGUAAAAUGUGCCCGUCUCUAAAAUCAUAUUGCCCAAAAUGUGGGGGUAAGCACGACAGCUGUGACAUCACAGUAUACAGAUGUAUUAAUUGCAAUGAAAAUCAUAUGGCUUUAGAUAGGACAUGCCCAGUCUAUAUAAAAGAACGAAGAAUUCGUGAUAUCAUGGCCGAAUUUAAUUGUUCGUAUAGAAAAGCAAUGGAUAUUUAUGUUCCCCCUUCUUCGCCCGCACGCUAUAACGAAUCUACCUUACAAAAUCCAACUUCUAUAUCUGAUAAUGUGGCACUUACCUCAAACGCUCAUCCAACCACAUCUUAUGCGCAUAUAGCAUCUAAAAACCUCCCAAAUACAAGUCAAGUUGUGGAAGAGAACUUAAGCGAACAAGGACCGUCUUUAAAGAAGAGAAGAAAGAAUCGUCGGAAAUCCAGUUACGUAGAAGAGGCGUUUACAGAGAAUAAUAGUGAUCUAGAUAUGCAGUAG